CGGCAUUUAGGAUCGGUGCCGGCAUUUGGGAUCGGCCCCAGGUGUCCCCGCCGCCAUGACGUCAUACCGCCAGGAGCUGGAGAAAUAUCGCGACAUCGACGAGGACAAAAUCCUGCAGGAAAUGUCCCCGGAGGAGCUGGCACAGCUGGACGCCGAGCUGGCCGAGAUGGACCCCGAGAAUGUCCUGCUGCCGGCGGGGCUGCGCCAGCGGGACCAGACCCAGAAGAGCCCCACGGGGCCGCUGGACCGGGAGGCGCUGCUGCAGCACCUGGAGAGACAGGCCCUGGAGACAGCCAUCCUGGGCAUGUACACCCUGAUGAGUAACAAGCAGUAUUACGACGCCAUCUGCAGCGGGACCAUCUCCAACACCGAGGGCAUCAACAGCGUGGUGCAGCCUGACCGGUACCCCCCGGUCCUCAACCUCGAGUCCAACUUCAUCAGCGCGGCCGGAAUGCUGCGGGUGCUGGGGGCAGUGCCGGACUGCCGGACACUGGCCGAGCUCAGAGUGGACAAUCAGUGCCAUCGGUUUGGGGACACGGUGGAGAUGGCGAUGGCGGCCAUGCUGGAGCAGUGUCCCUGUGCACUGUGCUCUGGGGACAUGGGGGAUGACACGGGGGUGACAAUGGUGACACAGGGGGGUGUCAAUGGUGACAAUG